AACUUUUGAUGUCUGAAAAUGCCGAUGUCCGUGCCGUGAAACCGGUCAAAAAUUGUAUAUUUAUCACGCCAAAACAACAGUUGAUUGAUCCUAGUAAAGUGAAGAUUUAAGCACAGGAGGUUAGAUGUGAUUUCAGUCCAUCUUGAAGCGAAUUUUUACUUCAAUAAUGCUUAAUUUUGCGGGACAACCGGGCCGAUUUGCUCCGAGUUUGGGAAGACUUGUCAGCCGCUCAAGCACAUUCAGCAGUUCAGUCUCAGCCAGCGCUUCCCCGUUCAUCCCUAUCCAGGGACCGUUCGCCCAAGCUUCCAGCCCUGUCCGUGGUCUUUGGUUUUCAUGCUCUCGUUACUUGCAUUGUACUGAGAGACCCCUGAUAAGCAGAGUAGAAGCAUCAUCGUCACUUCUCAACUUCUGCCGAGUGCCGUGUCUGUCCUUGGACCACUGUGCAUCUCAAUCAUGUCAUCAAAGAUUCUUAGGAACAUCAAGCCCUUACAAUGCAUUGACCAAGAAGUCUACUCUACUACCGGAGGAGAAACCAGGAAUAAUGACUCGAAUGUUAGAUUCAGUUGGGAUAAGUGGGAAUUUCAGAUUCAACAGAUUUAAAAUGAGAGUUGCUGGACUUAAUAUGUAUCAAGCUUGUGCUGAUGGCUAUAAUUUUGAAACAUUCUUUAGAGCAUGCAACAUGCCUGAUACUCUUUUUUCAUGGUUCUUAAUCAUGGAGCUUCAUGUAUGGAUGUGCAUGGUGAGAUUAAAGCAAGAAGGCCGUGAAGGGAAGUACAUGACUCACUAUCUUAUCCUGUCAAUGUGGCAUGAUAUUCAAGCUCGAGGGAAGCUCAUGGGGAUUCCAUCAGUUAAGAUGAAGGAGAGUUUGUCUAAGAUGGUGGAGCAGUUCAAUGGCGCCCUCUUUGCCUAUGAUGAGGGAUUACUGUCAAAUGACAAGGUAUUAGCAGCUGCAUUGUGGAGGAACCUUUUCCUUCGAAACUGUGAUGAUCCAGAGCGAUUGGCUAAUAUGGUUGAAUAUGUCAGGCAACAGGUCCAAUACCUUGACAGUCUGGACAGCAGUAAACUUCUCCAGGUUGGUCGGAUCAAAUGGCAACCUUACACUGGUGGGAUACCAGACUCUGAUGAACCGCUCCCGAAAGCUGCCUCCAUUGAAGAUGAACUCAACAUCCCUGAGGUGGACAAAGUGCCAGUUUCAUGAGAGUCUACCGUACUCUCUGAUUGUAAUAUUUGAUUCAUUGCUUGGUCACACCAAUUUUCAUUGAGGACCUACUCGGGAGAUUGUAGACUCCAAAAGCUUUGUGAUGUUGAU